GGAAACAGAUGAGAGAGAAUACAAAGGAGACUUGGACAAGUAGAAAGUGGAUGACCCAGGCUCUGUUACACAUACUUGGAUUCCAACUGGGACCUAGAAUUGCUGAGGACGGCAGCCAGGGAGACAGGAUCAUGUGGCUGCUCCUAGCUCUACUCCUUCUCUGCUUCUCAGGCUGUUUGUCUCUGACGGGCCCCGACUCUGUGACUGGCACCAUGGGGGGCUCUCUCAGAGUGUGGUGUCAGUAUGAGAGCACGUACAAGGGAUAUAACAAAUACUGGUGCCGAGGACAGUAUGACACGUCAUGUGAGAGCAUUGUGGAGACCAAGGGAGAAGAGAAUGUGGAGAGGAAUGGCUGCGUGUCCAUCAGAGACUAUCCGGAGGCUCUCGCCUUCACUGUGACCAUGCAGAACCUCAAUGAAGAUGAUGCUGGAUCUUACUGGUGCAAAAUUCAGACAGUGUGGAUCCUGGAUUCGUGGUCACGCGAUCCUUCGGCCCUGGUUAGGGUGUAUGUUUCCCCAGUGACCAAAACCCCAAGGAGGACCCCACGUCCAGCCACAACUCCCAUCUUCCUGGUGGUGAACCCUGGGCGAAACCUCAGCACCGGGGAGGUAUUGACCAAAAAUUCAGGGUUCCGGCUCAGCAGCCCUCACUUCCUGCUUGUGGUCCUUCUGAAGCUGCCCCUGCUCCUGAGCAUGCUGGGUGCUGUCUUCUGGGUGAACAGGCCUCCACGGGCUCCUGCGGGGAGAUAG